AUGGAAGUUAUCACUUUUCUUUUGACGACCUUAUCGCUCCUGUUCAUCCGAGGGGACAGAUUUGCCAGGGCAAUGAUGAGUGACAUUGGGGACUAUGUAGGCACUGACAUUGAGAUAUCCUGGUUGCCUAAUCUGGAUGACUUAAUGAAGGGCUAUGCUCGCAAUUUUCGGCCGGGGAUAGGAGGUCCACCUGUGAAUGUUGCCAUGGCUAUUGAGGUGGCCAGUAUUGAUCACAUAUCUGAAGCUAACAUGGAGUACACCAUGACCGUGUUUCUGCGACAGAGCUGGAGGGAUGACCGUCUGUCCUACAACCACACAAACAAAACGCUGGGGCUGGACAGCCGCUUUGUAGAUAAACUUUGGCUCCCAGACACGUUCAUUGUCAACGCCAAGUCUGCCUGGUUCCACGACGUCACCGUGGAGAACAAACUCAUCCGCCUGCAGCCAGAUGGUGUCAUCCUCUACAGCAGUCGAAUUACAUCUACUGUGGCAUGUGACAUGGAUCUCACUAAAUACCCAAUGGACGAACAGGAGUGUAUGCUGGACUUAGAGAGCUAUGGCUACUCCUCUGAGGACAUUGUGUACCAUUGGUCAGAGAGUCAAAGGGAUAUUCAUGGACUGGACAAACUGGAGCUGUCGCAGUUUACCAUAACAAACUACAGAUUCGUCACCGAGGUGAUGAAUUUUAAAUCUGCGGGUCGUUUUCCACGCCUAAGCCUACGCUUCCAGCUCAGACGGAAUCGAGGGGUUUAUAUCAUCCAGUCUUACAUGCCUUCCAUUCUGCUGGUCGCCAUGUCCUGGGUUUCCUUCUGGAUCAGCCAGUCAGCUGUUCCUGCCAGGGUGUCUCUAGGGAUCACCACUGUCCUCACCAUGACGACGCUAAUGGUCAGCGCUCGGUCCUCGCUUCCACGGGCUUCGGCCAUCAAAGCCCUGGAUGUCUAUUUCUGGAUUUGCUAUGUCUUUGUGUUUGCCGCGCUCAUCGAGUACGCUUUUGCUCACUACAACGCCGACUACAGCAAAAAGGAGAAGGCCAAGGUCAAAGCCAACAAGAAUGCAGAGUCCAUGGUAAAGAAUGGCAAGCAGGCCAUGGUUCUCUUCUCUCUGUCUGUGGCUGGCAUGAACCAGGGCCUGCUCAUCUCCAACCGACAGAACCGGUCUCAGCGCUCGGCCGGCGAGGCUGCCGGGGUAGCGGAGGAGGUGGAGACGCCGCGUUCCAGGACCAAGAGGACAGAAAGCAGCGAAGAGAAGAAAUGCUGCAAAUGCAAGCCCAUCGAUGCAGACACCAUUGACAUUUACGCCCGUGCCGUCUUCCCCGCCACCUUCGCCGUGGUCAAUGUAAUCUACUGGGUGGCCUACACAAUGUGA